AUGUACAUCACCCUCUACUACAUAGUCACCCGGCUCCCUGACACCCUUCGCCCGGUCAGGGACCACUUCCUCUCUGUUUGCCCCACCACCCUCACCGUUGACCUCCUCGAGGAGCGCCUUCUAGCGGCAGAGAAGAGCAUAGUCGCUGUAGGUGCCUCUCGUGGUGACCCUCGUACCCCUGUCUUUGAGGGGUGCUCCCCCUCUCCCCUCUUGCCCCUCUUGCCCUCUGUUGCCUCUGCUGCUGCGGCCGACCUCGUUGGUCUUGAGUCGGUCGCUGCGGCGUCUGCCCCUAGCGGGAGACGCCGCUCUGGCAAGGGCAAGGGGGGCAAGGGUGCUGGAGGAGCUGGAGGGGGCGGUGGAGGCGGAGGUGGAGGUGGUGGAGGGGGUGGGGGUGGCGGUGGGGGUGGUGGCGGGGGUGGGGGCGUCGGUGGCGGGACUGGAGGUGGAGGUGGAGGCGGCGCUGGCAGUGGGAGCGGAGGUGGCGGAGGUGGCGGUCCUGGAGGUGGUAGCGGCGGAGGCGGUGGAGCUGGUCGGGGUGGCGCUGCGCAGAGGGGUGGCUCCGGUGGUGGUGCGCGCCAGCAGCAGCAGCAGCAGCGUACCCGUGAGACCCCUUCCCCCCAGCAGCUUCGUGAGUGGUACGCUGCUCGUCAGCGGGGCGGGGGUGCUGGCCCCUGUACCUACCGCUGCUUCGGCCGUCUGACGGACGCGUGGCGCCACCAGUUCCCCGACGCUACUGAGAUCCCUCGCUGGGGCGAGCUGUCUAGGGCGGGUGUUGCGAUCUAUGAUCUUGAUUUUGAUGCUAUUCUUGCUGCCAUGUAUGCUGUGACUAUUAGUGAUGAGGGUGACUGUUACCGGUGUUUUCCGCCUGACCCAGGCAUAGAGGCUGCUGCGCUAGGUACUUGUGAGGCUGCUGCUCUAGGUGCCAGUGCGUCUGCCGCCCCAGGUGCCGGUGAGUUUGCGCUCUCAGGUGCUGAGUCGUCACCGCACACCCACACCUUCACCCUUGACUCGGGUGCUUCCCGCUCCUUCUUUCGAGACUGCACCACUCUCACACCGCUCAGUCGGCCUGUUGCAGUCUCCCUGGCGGACCCCUCUGGGGGUCCUGUCCUUGCUCACUACUCCACUGUCCUACCGUGUCCGGCGGUCCCGUCUGGCUCCCUGUCGGGUCUCUACCUCCCCUCGUUCUCUACGAACUUGGUCGCGGGUGCUGACCUCCAGGAUGCAGGAGUUGACCAGUUCACCCCUGCGCGUCAGCGGGUGACCCACUGCACUUGUGCGGACACGGGCCGACACUUGGCCACGUUUGCUCGUCGGCCAGGGUCGAGCCUGUACACACUGACUACUGAGUCUCCUCCAGUCACUGAGUCUGCUCAGGUAGCAGCGUCGGGUCAGGUGUUUGCUGCGGCGUCCAGGUCUGGUCCUGAGUCUGCCCCCUGCUCGUGUCGUCUCCUGUCCCACCGGACUCUCCUCUGGCACCACCGCCUUGGUCACCCCUCCCUGCCUCGUCUUCGAGGCAUGGCUUCCCGUCUCCUUGUAUCUGGCCUCCCCCGGUCCCUCCCUCCUCUUCCUCCGGGGCCUGCCCCCACCUGCGUUCCCUGCGUUGAGGGGCGGCAGCGCGCUGCCCCUCACUCCUCCGAGUUUCCUCCGACAGAGGCUCCGCUGCAGACGCUUCACAUGGACGUGUGGGGCCCAGCCCGCGUCCGUGGGCAGGGUCAGGAGCGCUACUUCCUGCUGGUGGUUGACGACUACUCACGCUACACUGCGGUCUUCCCCUUGCGCAGCAAGGGUGACGUCACUGAGGUGUUGAUCGCCUGGAUCCGCGCAGCUCGUCUCCAGCUCCAGGAGAGUUUCGGCUCCGACUUUCCUGUUCGGCGUCUGCACUCCGACAGAGGCGGAGAGUUCUCCUCUGACCUUCUGCGGGCCUUCUGUCGCGCACGAGGCAUCCGCCAGACCUUCACGCUUCCGGACUCUCCGCAGCAGAAUGGGAUUGCUGAGCGCCGCAUCGGCAUGAUCAUGGACGUCGCUCGUACGUCCAUGAUCCAUGCGGCUGCUCCCCAUUUUCUGUGGCCGUUUGCGGUUCGGUACGCGGCGCAUCAGCUCAACCUUCACCCCCGGGUCUCCAUGCCGGAGACCUCCCCUGCUUUGCUGUGGACGGGGAAGGUUGGUGAUGCGUCGCGUUUCCGGGUCUGGGGAUCUAGGGCGUUUGUCCGCGACUUGUCUGCGGACAAGCUGUCCUCUCGUGCUGUUCCCUGCGUCUUCCUUGGCUUUCCCCCUGACGCGCCAGGCUGGCAGUUCUACCACCCCACCUCGCGCCGUGUCUUCGCGUCCCAGGACGUCACCUUUGACGAGUCGGUUCCCUACUACCGUCUCUUCCCCUACCGCACUGCGUCCCUCCCUCCCCCGCCGCUCUUCCUUACGCCAGGUCCCCCUCCGGUAGACCCCCUCCCCCCUCAGGGUCCUGCUCCCUCAGGUGUGUCCCAGGUAGAUGCAGUUGAGCCAGUCGAGGUAGCUGUUGACUCUGGUGCUGCUGGUGGUGCUGAGCCUGGGGGUGCUGGGUCUGGGGGUGCAGUGACUGGGGGUGCUGAGCCUGGGGGUGCUGAGCUUGGGGGUGCUGAGCCUGGGGGUGCUGAGCCUGGGGGUGCUGCGCCUGGGGGUGCUGAGCCUGGGGGUGCUACGCCUGGGGGUGCUGAGCCUGGGGGUGCUGAGUCUCGGAGUGCGGAGCCUGAGGGUGCUGGACCUGCUCGUCUGGCGUCUGGUGGUGCUGAGCCUGACAGUUCUUCGGGUGCUUCGUCCCGGCGGGAGCUGCUCUCUCCACAGGAGCUGCGUGAGUGGUUCGCCCGGCGCUGGCGACGUGCUGCUGGAGCUGGUGGUGCUGCAGGCGCUGGAGGUUCUACUGCUGCUGAGAGUGCUGGUGCCGAGGGUCCCAGAGGUGCUCGUACCGAGCUGCUGGGCCUACGAGUGCUCCUCCUGCUGGAGCUGGUGGUGCUGCUGGUGCUGCUGGCGUUGGUGCUGCUGGUGCUCCUGGAGCUGGAGCUGCUGCGUCUUCGGGUGGUCCGACUGGAGCUGGAGCUACUGGGGGUGUUGGCGCUGGGGGUGCUCCUGGCGCUGGUGCUGCUGAGGGUGCUGGAGUUGGAGCUGCUGGAGCUGGGGGUCCUCCUGGUGCUGGUGCUCCCGUUGGGGGUGCUGGUGCUGUUCCUGCUGGCACUGGUGGCGCUGCGCGGCCACGGCCGUACUUCGUUCCGCUCCUUGAGCAGGUUCUUGGUCUUCCGUCCUCUCUUGGUCCUGCUCCCUCCUUAG